UUCUUUAUGGUUCUUUGUUAAAAUAAUUAUAAUUUAUAUUUAAAGUUAACUAUAUUGUAUUAUAUUAUAAAUAUAGCCCUAGAAAUGGAGCAAUGAUGAUAGAAAUAGCAGUAUCCCAAAUCGGUACAAGUCAGAAACUCCACUCGGGGUAGUUUGACUCCGUGUAAAUGAUGGGGGAGGAGACCAAGUCCCUUCAUCUGGAUGAGGGACUGUCUGUAAAGGAAGAGGAGUURGGACAGGCAGAGGGAAAGAUGAACCAAGUGGAGGAUGAACAACCAGAGGAUGUUGAAGAGGAAGAUGAGGAGGAGGAUGAAGAAGCAUUGCCACACUCUGAAUUCCUGGACAUCUUUGAAGAAGGACUSGCUCGCCUUGUACAGGACCCUCUACUCUGUGACCUUCCCAUUCAGGUGACUCUGGAAGAGGUGAAUUCCCAGGUUGCCCUGGAGUAUGGCCAAGCCAUGACUGUCCGUGUAUGCAAAGCGGAUGGCGAAGUAAUGCCCAUAGUGGUGGUGCAGAAUGCUAUGGUGCUGGAUUUGAAGAAAGCCAUCCAGAGGUUCAUGGAGCUGAAACAGCAACGGGAGGGUGGGGUAAAGCACGUCAGCUGGAGGUACGUAUGGAGAACCUUUCAUCUCGUAUUUCGAGAGAAGCUUGAUGAUGACAAAAUGAAACUAAAGGAUUAUGGGAUCAGAAACAGAGAUGAGGUGACAUUCAUGAAGAGACUGAGGAAGAAGUGAAACGGAGAUCUCACUACCGUGUGGAGUCCUGCCUACUCUGUGAGUUGCCUGCACAGUUCCCAUUGCUUCAGACCUCUAUGAUUCAACCUGGAGAUGUACAGCAACUAUAUUCAUACACUGACAUGAUUCAGUUGAUGUCUAAAAGGUUUUUCAAUUGACAUCUCAAACGUUUUUACAUGUUGUAGAUAUGAUUGUGUGGAAUGUUUCGUACGGUCUCAAUUUUUUAUUGUUUGGACAUAUUCUCUUGUCAUCUUGUACAGUCAAAUUGUGCCACUUCAAAUAUGAAUAAAGGCUACAGUGCAACC